UUGUUUAUCGGUCGUGUUGUGACAGUAGAGUGAAGGGUGCCACUUUGGGCUCCGCCAUAGCCGUUCUAAGCGAUUGAUAACGAUAUUUACCUCGCGUAACAUUUUUAAUGCAACCGUUUUUGUACUUUAGUAAUAUUUGCCAUCAAUUCAGACAUCAUGCCGACUGCGUGGCAACGAUGGUGUCGUCUGUGUGCUAAAAAAGAUAGUACAAUUGACGUGUUUUUAGAGAACGAAGAUCACUUCGAUGUUGGGGCGCUAAUACACAAAUUUUUUCAAUUACCUAUCAGUCCGGACGACAAAGCACCCUCCACCAUCUGCACCUCAUGCUACCGCUUUCUUCUUUCUUUGAACAAGUUUUCCGACCGCGUAGUCAAAGUGCAAACGAUGUACGCUAUGAUAAUUGACGACAAAAUAAAUCCUAUCGACUUCCUUAGCCUGGAAUUCCAGUUCGAUCUGAAUCAAGAUAAGCCCUUAGAUUUGAAUAUUGCUGCCACGUCCCCAGUUGCCCACAGAAGUUAUCAAAGUUCCGAGGAAUCUGCUCCCAACUAUGCAAGGGGAAAUCACAGGCUCGCUGCAGAAGACGCGAGUAUUGAACCUGGAACUAAUCCAGACGUAUCUAUGGAUUACCUAGUCAAAGAUGAUGAUACCAGUGAGAUAGUCACGGCCAAUAGUCUGCCGGAAUUUGAUGAAUCAGAAGAUUCCGGCAACGAGGAAGAAAUAAUCAACGAAGUUCAACCAACGGCAAAAACAGAACCAUCAAAGAAAAAAGGUCGAAAACCAAAGGAGCCUCCUUUCCCAUGUACUAAGUGUGACAAAGUCUUCUUAAAAAGGAAAGCAUUCCGUGCACAUUAUUCUACUUGCCAGAAAGAGUUCACAUGCCAACAAUGCGGCAAGAAGUUCCGAUCGCGAAUUGGAGCCAUUCAACACCAACUGACCCAUCUUGAACCGGAUAAAAGACCGGCAUUCCCAUGUCCACAUUGCGAUAAGCGUUUCACGAAAGCAACGAAUAUUCAGACGCACAUUCGUGCCGUGCACUUUGGCGAAAGGCCGUUCGUCUGUGAAUGUUGCGGGAAAACAUUCGCGACGAAAGGUGCUCUCAAGGCGCACGAAGUUACUCACAUUUCAGAAAUGUCCUUCGAAUGCAAAAAGUGCUCGAAGAAAUUCAAAUCAAUUCAAAAUUUGAAGGUUCACGAGGAGACACACAUGGAGGCCGGCUACUCUUGUCCAGUUUGUAACCACGUUCUGAAGACCAAGCGAACACUUAGAACACAUAUGGCUGUCCAUUCCGAUGUGAAGAAACACAAGUGCACCGUUUGUGAUCGAGGAUUCAAGCGCGGUUUACACUUAAAAAAUCACAUGGCAACGCACAGUGGCGAACGACCACACAAAUGUCUGUUUUGUGUUAAGACAUUUGUUCAUGGUUCAGAUUGCCGUAAUCAUAUGAAAAAGGAUCAUCCCCAUGAGUCAAGUGAAGAAAUGAUGGAAUCGUGAUUCGCAAUGAAUACGUAACGAACGGAAAAUGUGUUUUAACAUUCUUUC